UACUCUCUACCUAUGACGUGCAUCGUCAUGAAGAGAGUCACCAGCGAUCAGCCAAAUUGGGAUACAUCUUCGCUGAACUUCCAAAUCCCAAAGCACUUCCAGUUGGCAGACCCCAACUGGCAAGAGACUCACCCUAUCGACUUACUCAUUGGUGGGCAAUUCUUUUGUGACAUCAUGACCGAUGAUACCCAUGUUUUGGGUCCUCACCAUCCUGUGAUGAAAAAUACAGUAUUUGGAUGGGUGUUAAUGGGACCUUGUUAUGUCGGCCAUAAUGAUUCUCAGGUUGUCUCAUGCAACACUGCCACCAUGGAAAGCAUUGAUACGGGACUACGUAGAUUUUGGGAGUUGGAGGAGAUAUCAGUAGGUUCCCCCAGAUCAUUGGAUCAAGACAAGGUGGAAGAACUUUACCGAGCUACCACAACUCGAGACCAAGAUGGGCGCUAUGUGGUACUAUUGCCUUUUAAGGAUAACAUGGAAGAGUUGGGCAACAACAGGGCAUCAGCCAGACGCCAAUUAUUUCUAUUGGAAGCGCGUCUGAGAAAAAAUCCAGAACUCCGUGCACAAUACAACCAGAUCUUUGAGGAGUAUUUGGAGAAGGGAUUUAUCGAGGUUGUGCCAUAUGAUCAGCUCAACAGACCUUGUUUUUAUAUGCCACAUCAUUGCGUUAUCAAGGAAGAUGCAGUAUCAACCAAGGUUCGAAUUGUCUUUAAUGGAAGUUCGCCAUCCGAAUCCGGGCUAAGCUUAAAUGACAAACUUAUGGUAGGAGCUACUGUACAACCACCGUUGCUUAAAAUUCUGCUGAACCUCAGACGACAUCCUGUUGCCUUUACCUGUGACAUUGUAAAAAUGUACUUACAGACAAUACUUUACGAACCUCACAGGGAUUACCAACGAUUUUUAUGGGAGACCGAAUCUGACCACCAAGUGAAAGACUUCAGGUUCAGGACAGUGUGCUUCGGGGUGUCUGCAUCUCCGUACUUAGCCACUCGAUCAUUGAUUCAGUUAGCCUUGGAUGAGGGGCACAGAUUCCCGAUAGCUGCGAAAUUGAUAUUGAAUAACUUCUACAUAGACGAUUGUCUGGUCAGCAUGCCUACGAUUGAGGAGGCACUCGAAGCAAAGAGACAGCUCAUAGCUCUACUGGCCCUAGCCAAACUUGAACUGUCCAAAUUCAGGUCAACUCAUAUGGAACUCACACCUUCAUCUGAUGAAAAUUAUCAACUGGACAUGCCAUCUGAAGAACAGGUUGUAAAGACUUUGGGAAUGAGUUGGUGCCUACAGACUGAUAUGUUCCAGUACACAGUGAACGAAUUCCAUGGACCAGCAACCAAGAGAAAUAUGUUGUCAAUUCUUGGAAAAAUUUAUGACCCAAUGGGGCUCGUAUGCCCCAUUACAACUGUUGCAAAAUGUAUCCUGCAAGACGUGUGGAAGUUAUCAAUGGACUGGGACACUGAAAUUGAUGGUGAUUUGGAGAAAAGAUGGAAAGAGUUCAUGAACACUCUACCUUCAAUGGAGGAUCUGAGGAUUCCCCGAUGGAUAUCAAACAUCUCCGAAGUAGUACACCAGGAACUUCACUGUUUUGGCGAUGCAAGCAAGAGAGCCCAUGGAGCUUGUAUUUACCUUGUAACUCAAGAUGCUGCAGGUAACAGAUGCUCCAGGCUAUACGCAGCCAAGUCCAAGAUUAACCCCAUCAGCUAUGAGGAGAAAGUAAAGGAUAAGAUCAAGAAGAAGGACUUCACCAUUCCGAAAGGAGAAUUAUGUGGAGCUGUCUUGGCUAUGAAACUUGCCUCAACUGUCUCGGACGCAACAGAAGUACAGCAAAUCUAUUUUUGGCUGGAUGCCACUGCUGUGCUACAUCAAAUUCAUAACCCGACUCAAAAACGAGAAGUUUUUGUACGCAACAAGGUUAAGAAGAUUCUAGAUGAAACCAACUGUCAGCAAUGGAGACACGUUGGAACCAAGUCCAACCCAGCUGACCUGGCUUCACGAGGAGCUACUCCUCAACAGCUCAUUUCAGCGGAACUGUGGUGGCAUGGGCCAGAAUGGUUGUUGAAGUCUGAAGAGAAUUGGCCACCGAAGUUCAACGCACCCAAUGAUGACGGAGCACAAGUGGAGACUAGUUUAGCACUCACUACGGAUUCAUCAGAGAAGGAAAAACUGGUUGCCAAUCCAAUCUUCGAAUUUUUAUUGGCUCAGUUUAGCUCCUACAGCAAGAUCCGUCUAGUUUUGGCACGAUGUCUUCAACUCGUAGAAAUUUGGAAGUCAUCAAAGGUCCGAGUGACUCGCAACUCGAGGAGAACUACCUUUUCCAAAUUCUUGCAUGUGAAAUUCCUAAGGGAUGCCGAAAAACUCUUGAUACAAUGGGAUCAGCAGCAACAUUUUUCUCAUGUUUUGGAUGCUCUGACAAACGGAUCUCUGGAAACAAACGCAAGCCUUCGCCAUUUUGGAAAAUUGAGACCAUUUCUGGAUUCUGAGGGUACAUUGAGAGUUGGAGGUCGACUUAGCAAAUCUACACUCAACUAUGAUACAAAACACCCGAAGAUCCUGCCCAAAAGCCUCUUAAGUCGUUUGAUUGCAGAACGUGAGCAUCUUCUACUUAUGCAUGCUGGACCACAGCUUACCUUGGCAUCCUUGAGGCAAAAAUAUUGGCCUAUUGAUGGACGUCGCUUGACUCGAAGUGUCUUAAGGAAAUGCCUCACUUGCAUCAAGGCAAGGCCCACUCACGUUCAGCAACUUAUGGGGGACUUACCCCCGGAGCGAAUCGACCAUUUGACUGCCUUCAAUACAAUAGGUGUCGAUUUUGCUGGGCCCAUCUACAUCAAACAAGGUGUCAGGAAAACUGUCACAAUUAAGGCUUAUGUGGCGGUCUUCGUCUGCUUUUCUACUAAGGCUGUGCAUUUGGAGGGAGUUAGUUCACUCCACACAGAUUCCUUCAUUGCUGCAUUUCGCAGAAUGAUUGCGAGAAGAGGGUUGCCACAUAAGGUGUUUUCCGACAAUGGAACCACAUUUGUAGGCGCCGAUAGAGAACUUAAGCGGUUGUGGGAGGCAGAGCAACACCAGCAAGCGAUCCAGAUGGUGGCAGGGGAACUUGGCAUCGAAUGGAACUUUUUACCUCCCAGAUCACCGCAUCACGGCGGCCUCCAUGAAGCUGCCGUGAAAUCUUUUAAACACCACUUUGUGCGAGUUGUGGGUGACAGAGCACUGACAUUUGAAGGGCUAGCAACCAUCCUGUGUCAGAUUGAAGCUGUAUUGAACAGCAGGCCGCUUGUUCCCACAUCAGACAACCCCGACGAUCUCCAUUGGAUCAGCCCAUCUAGCCUAUGCACACUGAAGGACACACUUACACAACUACCUGACCCAUCAGUGACUCACCUCAAAAUUGGCUAUCUGGACAAAUGGCACCUUUUGCAGAGAGUGUAUCAGGAUGUUACUAACCAAUGGAAACGCGAUUAUCUUACAACGCUUCAAACUCGCAGCAAGUGGUACAAACAAUACGAAAAUCUCAAGGAGGGAGAUUUUGUUCUGAUGAGCGACAUGGCCCUUCCAUCUACCAAGUGGCCGACAGGACGCAUCGUGAAGAUCUUCCCUGGCCGAGACAACAAGGUGAGAGUAGCAGAUGUCAGAACUCAUCGUGGAGUCUACAGAAGAGCUGUCCAGAAGCUAGUGCGACUUCCCAUAGAAGAAGCAUAAAGCUCUUCUGUCCCCGGAGCAUGUUUACGCUAGCGUAAAUUAAUGAAGUGAAUCACCCUAUCGAGAAUUGGUAUGCAACGGUCAUGAGCUACAGUUAAAUUUGUGAAUUUUUGAAAUUCCUCUUAUCAGUUUUUUUUUCUCUCUAUUAUCUCCCUUUCGUGAUAAUCUCUUUUUUCUUUACUUCCACUUUCACUUUCUCCAUUAUUGUUAUUAUUUUUUCAAUCAAUUAAAGAAUUAAAAUUUGAAAUUUGAUUAAUUUGAAUAUAAAUAAAAUCCGCUGCUCAGUUUAAUUCAUUAAAUCAGGAAGAAAUUGUUUUAUUUAAAACCUCAGUGAAAUAGAAUUGCCCCACUGAUCCUGAAAUAAGGAGAAAUUGGCAGAAGUGCAACUCAUUUCAACCACGAGGAAGAUCUUCCAGAUUUUGGAUUUGCCUUUAGAUUGCAACAAUCCGCGGUUCUUCGAGCCGAAGGGCUCAGAUAUUAAUUAAUGUGUUGCAUCUAUUAAAGGUACGACAACUGGAAGUUAUUUGGGUGGACCACCAGAUAUUCUAUUAAUUAUUAAUUAAUUCGGAUCUUACCCAAG